AUGCAUUUCUCGACAAUUAUUACCCCCCUUAUCCUCGCUACUCUCUCGCUCGCGAAUCCACUUAUUGCUCGUGGGAAGCCAACUGGAGGUCCUGCCGUUGCGAAGAUUACUGUCUACAACUCCUACAAAUGCGUCUCCCCCACCACCGUCCCACCAACCGAUGGCUCCGCCGGCGUCUCCAACACCAUCUCAAUCGCCGAAGCCACCUGCUCCAUCAUGAACAUCCCCUUCGGCGGAGCCAUCACCGCAGCUCUCACAGCUCCACCUAAGACAGGAGCCCCAGGGUGUUUUGUGCAAAUCCAUACUCAGUCCGGCUGCGGUCUGACGCUGAAUAAUGAAUACCAUGGCUUCCCAUUCGACGGCACGAUCAUCGGGAGCAAGGUCGGUUGUGUGAGUCCGCCGGUACAGGCUUAUGGUGCGAUUGAGAUCACUUGUGGUUGA